AUGGCUGGCUCUCAUGAAGAUAGUGGCGAGCACUACCAUCCAGAUAUAAAGGACAAGAUUAAGCAUCCGUUCCAUGAUCUAAAGGAGAAGCUAAAGGACACGCAUUUAUAUGACGCUAAAAUUACUCUUGUUCAUCAAAAGCACAAAUUUGGAAAGCUUGCAAACCUCUUUAAUCCGCAACAUCGCCACGAUGAAGCACACGAAAAGGCCUGUGACGAUAAACGGAAUCUAAUUUCCGAGGGUCACCGGUACAACUCGUACUUCCCAGAGCGAGACGGAAAUCUUAUAAAAUGGUAUGUCGAUGGAAGGAAUUACUUCUGGGCUGUUUCCGAGGCGUUGGAACGGGCGAAGGAGACGAUCUAUAUCGCCGAUUGGUGGCUUUCUCCAGAGUUGUUUCUUCGGAGACCCCCAUAUUUCAACCAGGAAUGGCGGUUAGAUAGGAUCUUGAAGCGCCGGGCCGAAGCUGGUGUGAAGAUCUUUGUUAUCGUCUAUCGUGAAGUUGAGGCAGCAUUAACUUGCAACUCGGAGCAUACGAAACACGCAUUGCAGAGCCUAUGUCCUGAGGGUUCCCCGGGGUUUGGGAACAUUACUGUCAUGAGGCACCCGGACCAUAAUUUCCUAGAAAAUGCUGCAGAUAUGACUUUCUACUGGGCUCACCACGAGAAAUUCAUUGUCAUCGACUACGAAAUGGCUUUCAUCGGCGGCCUCGAUCUUUGUUUCGGCCGCUGGGAUGAUCACCAGCAUAUACUAUCUGACGUACACCCAGAAGGAGUCCGCAAUGAAGUCUGGCCGGGUCAAGACUUCAAUAAUAAUCGUGUAAUGGACUUUCAAAACGUCCAGGAUUGGAAGCAGAACGAACUAAGCAAGGCCGACUACGGCAGAAUGCCCUGGCACGAUGUUGCCAUGGGAGUGGUUGGGCCAUGCGUCUAUGAUAUCGCGGAGCACUUUGUCCUACGCUGGAACUUCAUCAAGAGGGACAAGUAUAAGCGCGAUGAUAGGUUCGAUUGGAUCAUGCUACGAGGCCGUGAAGGCGAAGAUGAAGACCUUGUAGGCGUACAGCGACCGAAACAUCCAGUCGGUGAGUAUGUGCUUCAUCCUCUGACGCCACUUGAGACGAAAAACCUCAACAACAGAGGCACCAUCCGUGCUCAGAUCGUUAGAAGCAGUGCCGAUUGGUCAAGUGGCAUAUUAAAGGAUCAUACCAUUCAAAAUGCAUAUUCGGAUAUCAUUCGCAAUGCCCAGCAUUAUGUAUACAUCGAGAACCAGUUCUUCAUCACCGCCACCGGCGACAAGCAAUCACCAAUCCAUAACACAGUAGGGAGGGCAAUCGUAGAUGCUUGUGUAAGAGCUGGUAAGGAGAAAAGGAAGUUCAGGGUGAUUAUUAUCAUUCCUGCGAUCCCAGGGUUUGCCGGUGACCUGCGAGACGAUGCCGCAACCGGAACACGUGCCAUUAUGGAUUAUCAGUACAAAUCGAUAUGCCGCGGCGAACAUUCAAUAUUUGGACAGAUCCGUGCCCAGGGCGUUGAUCCUAGGGAUCAUAUAUUCGUCUUCAACUUGCGCUCCUACGAUCGCUUAAAUAAGACACCUGCAAUUGAGAAGCAAGAAGAGAUAUCCGGCGUUAAGUAUCAGGAAGUCCAACGAGCCGAAGCAGAAGAGAUCAUGGGUGAAGGUAUUCACGGAACUGAAGAUGUUGAGGGCGAGCGCGACGAGCACAUGGACAAGAAGGAGGAGCAAAAGGAGAUGAAUGAAACUUUGAAGAGCCAUGAUGCCAAGCGUCGUUUCGAAGCAGCUUGGCAAGAGGGCCACGAGACAAAGUCUGCUUCCAGUGUUGCUCAUCAUGCAAUGGCUCACACUGGAAAGCUUUCAGAAGAGAUCUGGGAGGGCGACCCUCAAGAAGAGGUUGACAACUGGAUUCAGGAGGAGCUAUAUAUCCAUGCCAAACUUUUGAUAGUAGAUGAUCGCAUUGUGAUCUGUGGAUCGAGCAACCUGAACGACCGUAGCCAGCUCGGCGACCACGACAGCGAGUUAUCGAUUGUCAUGGAAGAUACUGACAAGAUCCAAAGCGUCAUGGAUGGACAACCGUUUGAAGCGGGGAAGCACGCGGCUACAUUGCGACGAUAUCUCUGGAGGGAGCACCUCGGUCUCCUUCCACCACAGAUGCACGACGCUAGUAACGACCCGAAUGCGCAACCACCUGGAGAGGACUCGCCGAAUGAUAUCUGGGAUAGAGAUGAUAGUUAUAAGCUCGUUGAGGACCCUAUGAGCGAACCGCUCUGGGAUAUGUGGACUCAAAAUGCGACAAAGAACACGGAAAUGUUUAGACAUCUAUUCCACGCGGAUCCGGAUGACCAUGUAAAAACGUUUGAGGAUUACAACACCUUCUUACCACCGAAGGGGGUCAAAGCCGGACACAUAUUCGACAGAUUCCUCCCUCCAGACGAGAUUCGGACUAAACUUGAUCAGAUCAAAGGACAUCUUGUAUGGAUGCCGCUGGAUUACUUGAAGGAUGCCAACAUGGCAGAAACCGGGCUGCAGGUUAACUCCUGGACGGAAAGCGUGUAUACGUAA